UAAGUAAUGCACAAUUUGUGUGCCAAAAUUCUCCUUCUCAACCUCAUUUAUGACUCCCAUUUGGGAGACCAUAUAAUUAAUUUAACCUUAUUACAAUAAUAUUGAAAAGUCCCACAAAUUAUUUUAGCAAUUUGGUGUUGACAUUUUAGGGGUGGCUGCGUAAAUGGUAGAGCUCCGGGAUCUGUAUUUGUUUCAUUAUUAUAUUUAUACCGUGUCUAGCUCAUAAUUGAUUGGUCAAUAAGAGGGUAUGUUUUGUAUAUUUAUGGCAUUUAUAUGUGUGAGAUUGAGGGGGCUCUACUAGAGAAAUAGUAAUAAUAAUUGAGGCCAUGUCGAAAAUGUCUAGUCCUAGUGGUUCUGAGAUAGAAGAGAAGGGAAUUACAAAGGAUGAUAAAGUCAAAUCUUGCAAAACUGAGAUGGGUGAGGUGAAGGAAGAAAACGAGAGAUUGAAGAUGAUGUUAGAGCAAGUAGAAAAGGACUACCACUCCUUUCAACUACGUUUCUUUGACAUCCUUCACAAAGACGUUUCAAAGGGUGUAGCUGAUUCAUCUACUGCAUAUGAUGAAACUGAAGAGCCUCAUGAGCUUGUGUCACUUUGCCUUGGAAGGAGUCCAAGGGAGCCUAAGAAGGAAGCAAGAAUUGGAAACUCCAACAAACCACAAGAGAGAGAUGUGGGAACCAACCUUACUCUUGGAUUAGACUCCAAACAUGUGUUGUCAAAGGUUGUGUCUGAUUUGAGUCCAAUGAGCUCAGAAGAACCUAAGGAAGUGGAAGCAAAGGGAACAUUGUCAACAAAUAUUCAAUCAACAAAAGUGAUAAAUGCGAAUGGCGAUGUUUCAGACCAAACGCCAGCUAAGAGAGCCAGGGUAUCCGUGAGAUCCAGAUGUGAUACUCCCACGAUGAAUGAUGGGUGCCAAUGGAGGAAAUAUGGACAGAAGGUAGCAAAGGGAAAUCCAUGUCCAAGAGCAUACUAUCGUUGUACAGUUGCACCAACAUGCCCAGUCAGGAAGCAGGUGCAAAGGUGUGCUGAAGACUUGUCCAUCUUAAUCACCACCUAUGAAGGAACCCACAACCAUCCUCUUCCAGUCUCAGCCACAGCCAUGGCUUCAACCACUUCUGCUGCUGCUUCCAUGCUGUUGUCAGGUUCUUCAACAUCUCACCAUGCAGGUCACUUUUCUGCAUCUUUUGGAAAUUCUCCUGCCACACUAAUCAAUGGUCCGAGUUUCAGUCAACAAUUUGAUGAAUCAAGAGCGAAACAAAUCUUCUACCCACCAAAUCAUGCCUCACCACAUCUGUUCCCAACAAUCACUCUAGACCUAACUUCUCCAUCUUCUUCCUCCGCAUCAACUCAAUUCCAUCAUUGCUUAUCUUCAAACCCUAAAUGUUCUCCAGCUAGUCUCAGCUUUUGUUCCCCACAGCAUAACUCUAUACCAUCCAUUUGGGGUUAUGGCACAAGUACAACACCAAUUGACAAACUACAAACAAGGCCAGUUAUCGAGGGAAAUCAAUAUUUCCAAGAAAAUAACUUCUACCAACAAUGCAUAACGAACCAAACUGCUUCCAGAGAAGCUUUGACAGAAACAAUAACCAAGGCAAUCAGCACAGACCCAAGUCUUCGUUCAGUAAUAGCUGCUGCAGUUACAUCAAUAGUGGCGCAUGGAUCAAACAGUGGGAAACAAGAGGGAGCAGAGAAUGUUCUUGGUUCAGGGUUGAACUUAAAACUGGGGGAGCAUCUUCAAUUGGCUUCACACAAUCCCUUGAACCAGAAUGGGAAAGGAUUCUUGACAGGCUACUUCAAAAAUUUGUCCUCUACAAGUUCUGAGGCAGGAAACUUCAUUCUUCUUAAACCACCAUUGCCAUUAUCUUUCUCCAAGACUGACACAAAAUCCAGAUCAACCAUUAUGUUCCAGAAAUGAACACGCAUCAUUAACUUUCUCUUCCUCUCUGACGUCCCCAAGGUCCAAGGUCCUAUUAUUUAAUGUCAAAAUUAAUAGGACUCCACAAACAAGAGAUUAGACAUGCCAGCAAGAAAAUCCCUGUCAGGCUAUUUAUUAUUAGCUAAAAUUAUGUAACUUUCAAAUAAUAAAAUAUAUGUAAGAAAAGGUGUUUAAAAAAUAUGUUGCUAACAUUCAUCAAUGAAAUUAAGUUUUGAAAAAAAAAACUAGAAAUCAAUAUCGUCUUUCC